UAAACCUUAAAUUGCCCUUAAGUUAUUAACCCUCUGUCGAUUUAUUAGUUUCUCCUCCUGCAAAUGCAAUCGUGCAAGUCCAACCGCAGCCAUUUUAGAGGAGGAUUGUAUACUCUUGAGUCUUGACUUCGACCUCGAUUUCUUUCACGCAGACCGCCGAUGAAACAGCCGAGUAGGGCCCUCUCCGACCAAGUUGCGAGUCUUUCGAACUCCUGUUGAUACUCGCGAACAGUGCCCACCUGAGGGAGUUGGACAACGAUUCAUCGUGGUCUUCAAAUCCCGUUGGUCCGAAUCGAAUACACAAUGCGUCAGUGAAAUCCAUCCAUGAGAGAUUUGAGGAUGGGAUCGCCUGAACAACUGGAACCAGAGUAUAGCUUCACCUUCUAAAUGGAACGAAGCCGCCAGAAUUAUCUGAUUAUUGGGCGUCUCAUGGAACUCGAAGUAAUGUUCCACCUUGAAAAUCCAGGACACCGGAUCUUCGCCGUCCUACUUCGGGAAGUCAAGUUUUCCUGACCGCCAACGAUUCCUGUCCGCCGGCUCUAUUCUUACCGGAUACCUCCUGAUCUCCCUCUUGAUUGCUAGCGCUCAUGCCUCUUCCUAUUUGAACCACCACCGUAGCAAGUGUCUCUUUGAUCUUCUGAAAGUUCACCGGUGACCUUGUGCAGACUAACCUCCACAAGGUUGGUCCUUCCUUCAAAAGUGUUGGAUCGUGUGCUUGGCAUGGUGUGAGAUCCAGAGCUCUGAUACCAACUAUUUGGUCUCUGCCCAACUCUGUGAUCUCCUAAGAGUGAGUUUCAAACGAACAUUUCAAGAUUACUGAGUCCAAGAGGGAUGUCUGGGCAAGCUCUUAGAGAUCUCAAUACACUACCAGGAUCUGAGAGGAAAAAUGAAAGUUCCAGCAAAGGGAUCAUGAAGCCUUUCACUGAGAAAACCAAUGGAAACCUUGACAAUUGGCAGAGACAAAAUCCUGCAUCUUUGUCUUCCACUUCAAUAAAUGAAGGCGAAGCUGGGAAUAAUGGGGUAGAGGUGGGAGCUUCAGAGGUAGAAUAUAUAGAAUCUGAGAAUCUUACUGAUCUAGAAGAUGUGGAUAUGAGUCUCAAGACACUCUUAGCAGGAUUAGACUCCAAGGAUUGGGUUUUGGUAUGUGAGGCUCUCAAUAAUGUUCGUAGAUUGUCAAUAUUUCACAAGGAAGCAAUGCUUGAAAUGCUGGAGAAUGUAAUCUUGCUCAUUGUGAAAUCCUUGAAAAGUCCAAGAAGUGCCAUCUGUAAAACUGCAAUUAUGACAUCUGAAGACAUCUUCAAUGCAUACAAUGAUCAUAUAAUUGAUUCAGUUGAUCCUCUACUUGUACAGCUUCUUCUCAAAUCUUCACAAGACAAAAGAUUUGUAUGUGAGGCUGCUGAAAAAGCUUUAAUAGCAAUGACUACAUGGGUUUCCCCUGCUCUUUUGCUACCAAAGUUGCAUCCAUAUCUUAAGCACAAGAAUCCUCGAAUACGAGCAAAGGCAUCAAUGUGCUUUUGUCAAAGUGUGCCGCGGAUGGGAAUGGAAGGAAUCAAUGCUUAUGGGAUUGAUAAAUUGAUCCAUGUAGCUGCUUCCCAACUCAGCGACCAGCUUCCUGAGUCCAGGGAGGCUGCUCGCAGUCUUCUUUUAGAACUGCAAACUGUAUAUGAGAAGUCCCAAAUUUCCCCGUCGAUUACAGAAUCUGAGCAUCCACAAACAAGUUCCUGGGAGCACUUUUGUCAGGCAAAACUCUCUCCUCUAAGUGCACAAGCAGUUCUUCGUGUUACCAAUAUUACUAGAGAUCUUGUUUUGGGCUCUUAAUUAGAAGGUAUUAAAGAAUUUUUUGAUUAUUAUUAGAGCUGGUAUUAGAGCAUACUAUGAGGUUUAAUUGUUUUUUUUUUUUACUUUAUCUUUUACUUUUUUUUUUUUUUGCUUUUGUUUCACUUUUACCUGUAAAUUUUACAAAACAGUGGCAUACCUUAUAAUGAGGUUGAAGAAUCAUACACAUAUUUUCCCCUACUCAAUAUGAUUUGUUCGAUGUAGAUUGUUGUUA